GGGGUCAAUGAAUUAUUUUUUUACAAUUUCGUCUUGUGAUAUUUCAAUAAUCAAAAUUCGUAACAAUAUCAUGACUGAUCUACAUUUCUAUAAUACAAAAUACACUGCGUAAUAUAAUAUUCAUAUACAUACGGGGCCCAUACUCAGUACGUGUUUACCUUCAAUUCUCAGCCAAUCAGGUGGUUUUUAGGCCACUUUGUCAUUUUAUUUUUAACGCUUUUAUCGUCGUAAGGACGUUCUGAAUAUUCUUGUGCACCAUAACCUCGAAAUUGAGUACCUUGACGGAUUUUUCUAAUCGCUGAAAUCAUCCAAAAGCCUCUUUUUAAUUGAAAAGUGACGCCAUGAAAGUGGUAAAAGGUAACUGGAAUCAACUUCUGAGCAACUAUGAGGUGCUGAAAAUCUUGCAAAACACAAAAUCGUACAAGAAGCAAAAGAUGAAUCAACUGGCGACCAUUACUUAUCAAACGAUCAAGUAUCUGGAGGACACGCCAUGCAAAAAGCAGAGCGAAGAGAAGAUUGUAGAAUACUUGAAAGCAAUGGAAUCCAAAAAAUUAACGAAAGCUGAAAAGCUUACUCUCCUCAACCUUUGUCCGACUACUCCGCUUGAGAUACAAUUGAUGGUGGAAGAGAGCGAGGAACGACUAUCGGAAGAAGAAGUGGAGGCUGUACUGCAGAUCGUUACGAACGUGCGGGAAGACAAGCAAGAUACGGAACAAGAAACUUAAUCUAGCUCUCAACAUAGCUCAUUUAAAUAUAUAUUUGUAUGUACAUUUUAUUUAUAAUAAACAUGAAUUGGAAAUAGUAUAGCAUUAAAUAC